AUGUGUACCGGUCGCCAUGGAGACGCCUGGCGGAACCCAGCGCUCGGCGCCCAGAGCCACCCGGCUCAGCGGCCGCCGGCCUUGGGCUGCCCCAGGCACUGGGGGAAGCCCUGCAAGCGGAUGGACGACGGAGGGGCUGGGACAUCGGGGUGCGGCGAGGAGGGCGAGGACGAGGAGGAGGAGCGAGAGGGCAGCGCGGUGGGCUCGCAGGGGUCCAGACUGCCCCCCAUCGCGGGCUGCUCUGCGGAACUGAGUAAACGGAAGGUGAAGAAGAAAAGGAAGAAGAAAAAGACCAAGGGGUCGGGCAAGGGGGACGAUAAACAUCAGAGCCGAGGCGCGAAGAGCCAGCAGCUGUCUUCCUCCGGCCAUGACGUCCUGAGCCCCGGCAAAGGUCACGGCCCGGAGCCAGAGCUCACCCGUCCUUACCCCUCCACCCCAAGCCUCCCCCACCUUGCUGAGAUAGAAGAGACCCUUUCCAAGCAGGUCAACGAAAGUCUGCGGUGGGAUGGAGUCCUCGCCGACCCAGAGGCCGAAAACGAACGGAUUCGCGUGUACAAGCUGAACCGGAGGAAGCGCUACCGGAUGUGGGCCCUGAAGGGCUUCCACUCAGACCCGGGGGCUGAGGAGGCCCCGGAGAGCUCAGCCUACCCCUCGGAUCAGGAUGGUGGCGGUGGCGGCGGUGGCGGCGGUGGCCGGCAGCCCCACUGAAAGCGGAGCGCUCCAGUCUCGGCUUUGAAGGAAACCUUAUCCCGAAGCUCCUCCACUCGGAUUUAGCAACUACUCUGCCCGAGUGACAGCCCGCUCGGGACACGGAUGCGCUUAUCAUUUAUCCUACUGCAAGCUGAUGUGUUAAAAAAAAAAAAGAAUAAAAAUAAAAGGAAAUCAGACCUA